AUGCGUCUCGCACGUUACGGUAUCUUCUCUCUUUUCCUAGCUUCUAACCUUUCACUCGCCAACUCUGAUACUGUAGCUGUAAUAUCACAAUCCGAGAGUUGCCGAGUCAAUAAUGGCACUAGAUUUUGUUCGGUCACCAGCUCAACAACAUUGAGUUUGUUGCCUGCUGGCCAGCCCAAUACUCUCCUAAUAAAAAAUAAAGUUGGAGAAGUAUUAGGAGCUUUGACGUUGACCCUAAAAGCACUAACUCUCGUCUGCAAUCCAAAGACAAUAGCCUACCUAAGAAGUUACCAGAUCAAUACCCGUUCAGUCUGGCGAUGUCCGACUAGCGGCUCUUGUUCAGGAAGCUUCUGCUCACAAGUCGGGCCAAACACGCAUAUCCCCGAACUCGUUGAAAUAAUGGAUAAAGUCGGCACUAGUGGAUGCCUCGAGCCAUCCGCUAUGUGGAGUAAGGGAUGCGGAUUACCUACAGCCAGCUGUCACUUUUACCGCUGGUACGCAGUCCCCAUGUCCCUUGAUGUUUACGAGCUAUUUGAAUGUCCAACAUGGGACUACCACAUAAAAGCAGAUCUCGCGAUUACAGUCAAUGAUAAUGUUCUAGAGGAAUUUUUGACUUUAAUACCGGGACUGACCCAUCACGGAACAAACAUAUCAUUAACACCAAUAGCUGUCUCUAACCCUCCGGCACCAAUUUUAGGCACCUCUUUCCUAACGCAUGGCUUUUCUGUUGCUUUAGGAAAAGAUGUACCUCGAGACUUAAAAUGUCCCGAUCUACCAAGUGCCCGAGGUUUUGGCUGUAGCAUUUCUGAAGAGGCGUGCCGAGACUGUCGCCACGCAAAUGAUACAGUAACGUGUCAAUGCCGAGAGUUUGACGCGGAGGCGAUUCUUGCCGACCCAGAGGCACGUCUCCCCCUCAACAUCGGCCGGCACACCUUCCUAACAGAUGGAGAGCAAGUUUAUGUUGAACAAACUUAUACCCCUAUCCAAAUUCACUUACAAAUGAAAAAUUUCCAACUAAUAUCAGAAAUCACUGAGUCGUCCUGCAAAAUCACUGCCAAGAAUGUUCGAGGUUGCUAUAAGUGCCUUAAGGGCGUCCAAGUAAAUUUUACUUGCACGACUGAUUUUGGCACGGCACUCGCUUAUACCCGAUGUGCCGAUGGCAUUAACUUCGUUACUCGUUGCUCUAAAAACGGAACGGAGGGAAUUGCCGCUUUUACCUACACCAGAUCGAGAAUCGACACUAUUUGUACGACCAAAUGUCCGGGAGGUGACUCGGAAUUUAAUCUCAAAGGAGAGCUGAUGUUUAUCCCUCUCCCGUGGAAAGAAAGAGAGAUAGUACAAUCGAUGUCCGGGCAAAAGACAUCGGUCUGGAAUUUAUCAAAUUUCAGCCCGUACUCACUUUUCCCCGCACUACCAAUUGGAUUUAUCAUAUCUCUUCUCUUUGUUUUAAUUUCUCUUCUAAUUUUGUUCUAUUUCUUCCUCCGGCUUAAAUUAAAAUUUUUUAGAAAAAUUGCGACUCAACUUGUCCCAAUUUUUAUCGCCAUUUUUUUGGCCGGCGGGGAAGGGGCUAUAUGCCCAUUGAAUAAAACAUCGGCCAAACUUCAAAUAAAAAUUUGGCAAAUACAAAAGAAUAAUUGUGUGCACAUUAAACAUUUAAAAAUGUUUUUCUGUCCAACAUCUGCACAAAUUACACAUUUCACAUCCCUUUUUGAAAAGUUAGCAAAGGCCAAAAAUAAAGCUAACUUUUGUAAUUCUAAAGACGCACUAUGGCGCAUUAUUCAACAAGCGCCUGUCCGUCACAUUAAAUCAAAUAAACAAAAGGAAGUAAAAAUGAAUAAUUGUUUACUUCACAUUAACUUUACCCAUCGAAACACACAGAUGGCUAUCUUUUUCUUCAAUUCUCUGAAAGAUGAAUUGUUUAUUGGAAUGCCAAAAAUUGGCGGUGCACGAAGGAGAAAGAAGGCAAGGCCAUUGGGCCAAAACUUUCUCAUCGCACCGCCCAACAUUCAACCAAAAAAGUUUGGCUUUAUAAAUAGCCAGCAAAGCCAAGAAAAAUCAUUUUCCACUUGGCAGUUUAUUCAAAACUCCCAAGCGACCUUUCCAUCCAUUGCGACUCUAAACCUUUUCCUUUUUCAAGAAAUGCAAGCGCAACCCUGCCUCGUACCCCCCGAGUACGAGCCAGGAUCUACCUAUAGGGAAUAUUUUCUAAAAUGCCAGGAGGUAGGAUACACUCCUGACUGGCCACGGAGAGGACAGACAAUGGCCGAAUACAUUCCCAAAUCCGUCGGGCGCUUUUGGCCCCCGACCUGGACCAAUGACACUCCGCGCCGACGAGCACAGGGUUUGUUGCUCCUCCUUUGGGAGAAUUUGACCUAUAAGGGUAAGAGGCUGCCGCAGGCAGAUCCAAUCCUCAGUCCCCCCGCCUGGAUCACCGAUGUUCAGCCGGGGCAGACUGUUGAGGAUUUUUUCCGGGAUAAGGGUCAGCCACUGGAGUAUCCCGAACUCCCGUGCCUGGUCCUGAAGGGAGGAGUUCGAGGCUCCUCCAGGCAGAGUAGGCAGAGGGCCCGUGCGGUUGGCCACUCUUGCUGGAAAGCAGGCCAACUCCACGAAGAAUACUUACCCCUGGAGCUCUUGAUAUACACCCCGGUUGAAUACCCGGAACCGAGGAUUGGACAUUCCGCCACAGGGCGCAAUAUUCGACCCUCUUCUAGGGUCGGGAGUUCGUCAACCACACAACCACCACCGGCUCGGAAUCCUCGAGAGCCCGAGGUGAUAAGAGAGGAGGGGAAUGAGGAAGCCCUAAAGAUUAUAAUCCCUCGUGCGUGGCGCCCCAUUAAAUCCAUCUCAAUUAUUUUUGCUAUAAUUGCUUUGGCUUUUGCUCUAGGCGCGGACACUGUCCCCGCUCAAGAAUUUAACGGUUUUUUACUUUGUCCUUUCUUUCGCGCUCCGUGUUGUUUCUUGCCCUUUGUUAACAACAAUUACUUACUAAUUUCUAGUAUGCCUAAACGUUCCAGCUCUGCUACUGUCAAGGAACAACGAAUUAUUAAAAAAGCUCGUGAGAGUGCCUUUAUUGCAACAUUUGGAAAACCUCAAAGUAUUGAGGACCAAGAAGAAAUGGACCGUUUGGUUAAUUCAAUGGAAGAGAUUCCACGUCCAGACAACAAUACAAAAUUCAUCGAAAGCAAUAAGGACCCGCAGAGUCCAAAAACAGCGCUAAUUGUUAAUCCAGAAGAGGAUUUUUCUGCUUCAAUUUUACCUUUGACAACACAAAUAGAAAAUGAAAAUAAACAACAACAGCAGCAACAAAACCAACCACCUCCAAUUCCUUUAACGACAUCCACCCAGCCGCCAUUACAAUAUAAAUUGGCAACAGCACUUGCUCCCACUCAAUCAUCACAAAUGGAAGGGCAAGUUACGAUUGGAAGCGGAGGAGGUAUAAGUGAAAACCCUGAAAAUCCCCCAAAAUCCAUUUAUACAGAUUGCAGCCUCGAGGAGCGCAUAUCAAAUGCCCUCCUUACCUGCAUCAGUAAAUUGACUGAAAAGGCCGUGGCUAUUCCGCCACCAGCUUCUACCUCUCAAAUUUAUGGUGCGCCAACAUCAAUGCCGUCCGUUAAACAACCGACCGCUUUCCCACCUCCGGAGGUUAAGGGUGCGAUUCCUCGACCUAUCCCAUUGUCUCGCGUUGGAGAAACGGACCAUGGGGAAGUAGGCCCUCGAGGUGAUCCUCGUCGCCCUACUCCUUAUGCUCGGGAAGCUGCUGGGGGCCGGCCUGUUCGCCCGGCCCUCGGUCGUUCACCACUGGUCGACCAACACCUCCGAACUCUGCGUAUCCAGGCAGAACAACUUAAUCGAUCAGUUGGCCGAGCUCUUGCAGAUUUGGAACAAGAAAAAUUAGAAGAGCCAAUCCAUGAUUUUUUGGCAAUAGAGGGAGGAAUUACACGUGUUUUGAAAUCCAUUCGUACCACCAUUUCUCGCCUUCCCCCUCGCUAA